UGUGCCUGGGACGUCACUUCCCAUGGAGGUCCAAACGUCCUCCAUCUGGGCAGCAGGCUGCAGUCGGAGGCGGUCUGGAGUUUACGUGGGGGGUUUGCCAGCGCGGUUGAGCAGAGUUUGAACCGAUGUGGCGCAGAGUGACGUCACAUCUGGGUGUUUUUAGUCCGAGUCGCUAAAAAGUUACAACCCAAUAAAUUCCGCCGCAGACAGGAGAAGAAACACCUGGAGUGAUGCGCAAAAUCAGUUGCAGCCACUCCGACUUUCCGACUUUGUGACUUUGAAAGAUGUUUCGAAGACGGCCUGAACUAUUCUUUCUACUUCUGGAGAUCGAGUGAACUCUUCUACUCAGCUACCCUGAAGAUUGUAGAGGCAACCUCGGGUUGAUCCCAGGGUGGAGGGGAUGAGUGCUCGGGAUGGGACUUUGCCUCGGUUCCGAAGUUACAGAGGAGGAGAAGAAGAAGAGGGUUCACAGCGCCAGGAUAGACAGGGACUUGUACGAAUACGCCAAACAGGAGAUGAACGUGGUGAAAAUACUUCUACUAGGUGCAGCAGAGAGCGGCAAGAGCACUUUGGUCAAACAGAUGAAGAUCAUUCAUAGUAAUGGUUUCACCAAGCAGGAGCUGAUGAGCUUUAAGCCUGCAGUACUGGACAACCUCCUGACCUCCAUGAAGUUUGUUCUUCAUGGCAUGGGCAUCCUCCGGAUCAACCUGUCCAACAGUAGGAACAAGGUCCAUGCUCAUUCUGUCCUGUCGUGUGGGCGGUGUUUUGACGAAGAACAGGUGCUGUUUCCUUUCCUGCGCCACGCCUUGUCCUGUCUGUGGGCUGACAAAGGGGUGAGGGCUGCAGCGGUCCGGGGCUACGAGUAUGAGCUCAAUGACUCGGCACUGUAUUUCUUUGAGAACAUGCCCCGCAUCAUGUCCCUGGACUACGUGCCCACAGAGACUGAUGUUCUACGAGUACGACUGAGGACAACAGGCGUGAUAGAGACCCAGUUCAAAGUCAACCACCUCAUUUUCAGGAUGUAUGACGUUGGAGGCCAAAGAACUGAGAGGAGGAAGUGGAUCAGCUGUUUUGAGGACGUCAGGGCAGUGCUGUUCGUGGUGUCGCUGAGUGAUUACGACAUGACACUGGUGGAAGACCCCUCCAUGAAUCGUCUACAGGAGAGCAUUAAGCUCUUCUCCUCCAUCUGCAACAACGUGUUCUUCCGCAGCACAUCCAUGAUUUUAUUCAUGAACAAAAUAGAUCUUUUUCAAGACAAGAUUUUACACUCUGGGCGACACCUGCGGUUAUACCUGCCACAGUUUAAAGGUGCAGACUGUGAUGUGGAUGCAGCUGCUCGCUUCAUCGCCACCACCUUUGUCGCACUCAACGUCAUGCCCAGCAAACUCAUCUACCACCACUUCACCACAGCGACAGACACCACCAACAUCCAGGUCGUCUUUCAGGUGGUUAUGGACACGAUAAUCAGAGAAAACCUGGAGGCAGUGUCGCUCCUGUAACUGCCGGUUGAGGUCUGAGACCUCACUGGACAGUCGGUGCUUUCAACUUUUGGAUAUCUCAUUUUAAAAAGACUUGGAGCAAAAGAAAAGGUAUUGAACAUGGUGAUGAUCAUCUCAUUCAAGUCUGUUGUCUAGUUUCUCAUGGGUUGCAGCCUGGGAGCUGUAAUGCUUUCUGCUACUGUUGCAUUUCAUCCCGUGUGAUGCUGCUUGUCUUCAAUCGCUGCACCACAUGGUUUCACGCAACUCUGAGAAAUGUAUCAAAGCACAUCAAAGGAGAUGGACCACUUGGCCAAUCCUUCAUCCUGGGACUGAGCCCGAAAAUGUUGAGUUGUGAAACCUUGCAUUGAGAGUAAUGGGCAUUUCUAUUUUUAUACUGUAAUAUAAAAUCGGUGUGCACAGUGACAGUAGUUUUGUUGAAGAUGUGAUAUAUA